UGAAAGUGUGUAUGUGUGGAAGAGAGAGGAAGUGUGAGAGCUCGGAGCACGAGGUGUGAGAGCACAGUGACAGCUGUGAGAGCCAAGGCUACUGCAGGCUCAGAGACAGAAGCUGCUCUGAAGGAGAGAAAGAAGGAGAACUCGGCACCCCUGGGACAUAUUUAUAAGAGCUGGAGGAUGAAGGUGUGAACGUGCCGCCUCCAGUACACACACACACCAGGCCAGGAGUGUACACGCCGGGAUCACGGCUGCAACAGGGAGAACGUUUCCUGACCCAGAACCUACGGAGAAGCCUACAGCUGCAGAGAUGAGCUGCAGGAAGAGGUGCAAGAGGGAGAUCCUAAAGUUUGCCGGGUACCUCUUUAGAUUCAUCACUGGCACGCUUAACGCAGACAGUGCAGAAGAUGAGCUGGAGCUGUCAGCCGUGCGCCAUCGGCCUGAAGGCCUGGAGCAGCUGGAGGCCCAGACCCGCUUCUCUCGCAAAGAACUACAGAUUCUCUACCGUGGCUUCAAAAAUGAAUGUCCAAGUGGUGUGGUCAAUGAAGACACGUUUAAAGACAUUUACUCCCAGUUCUUCCCACAAGGAGAUGCAUCCACAUAUGGGCAUUUUCUGUUCACUGCAUUUGACACAGACCACAACGGCACAGUGAGUUUUGAAGAUUUUGUAAUGGGCCUGUCUAUACUGCUCCGAGGCACUGUCCAGGAGAAACUCAACUGGGUAUUUAACCUGUAUGAUAUUAAUAAAGAUGGAUAUAUAACAAAAGAGGAAAUGUUUGACAUCAUGAAAGCCAUUUAUGACAUGAUGGGCAAGUGGACAUAUCCUAUACUUAAAGAGGAAACGCCAAGACAACACGUGGAGAUAUUUUUUCAGAAAAUGGACAAAAAUAAGGAUGGCGUGGUCACCAUAGACGAGUUUAUAGAUUGCUGUCAAAAUGAUGAAAACAUCAUGAAAUCGAUGCAGCUUUUUGAAAAUGUCAUUUAAUAAUCGAGCAGACAGCAUACCUCUGGUGGCUUUUCGGCUCAUGCAAGCACCUUCUGCUCCACGUGUGCCGAUAUCGUUGAGAUACAAGGAUUUAAAUGGAAGGCAAACACCCAACCCUAGGAAAACUCCAUACUUUUGAGUUCAAAUCACAUUUCACUUAAUUUUAUUCCAGGCUCCUGUUUAGAGGUUAUGCUUUCAAUUAACAAUCUGCAACAACUGCCAUUUGAAAGGUUUUCCUGCAUGGAGUAUACACCUUUAAAAUACACCACCUUUAUAGGAGGUCAUGCUGAAAUGCUUUCCUUUUAAUCUCCCAGCCAUGUUUCAUUAAGUGUUUCCAAAAAUACUAAAACAAAAAUCAAAAUAUUGUUUCAUUACCUCUUACAGCAGUAGCAUUUAUUUUUGCCCUUAAUCUUGUGAGAAAGUCUCGGUCGGUUUUAACUAUGUACUGCGAGGGCAUGUUUUUUACACACAGUGCAUGUGAAAUCAGAUUUAGGGUUUCGGUUACUGUAAAUUUGUAAAUAAGAGCCACAACAAAUACAGCAACCCUUAUUUCAGUUUGUAUGUUGUUAACUUAAAGGCGCAGAUGUUUUUUCAUUCAAAGGCUCUUCAUACAGGAGUUUUAUCCAUACAAUACAUUACAUACCAGUCAAAAGUUUGGACACCUUCUAUUUCAAUGUUUUUUGUUUUGUAAUUUAUUUUCUACAUUUUAGAACAAUAAUGAAGAUUUCAUAACUACAGUAUAUGGAAACACACACUCAGUAAAUAAGUAACAACAAAAAAAGUUAGUUAUUUUAAGACACCAAGGUCAGCUGUUCUGGAAUAGUUUUUACAAGAACAGUAUUUUGAAGUGCAUUUGCGAAACCCAUUAAGCACCGUGAUGAAACUGACUCUCAUGAAGACCAUUCCAGAAAUGCAAGACCAAAACCUACCUCUGCUGCAGAGGAGAAGUUAUUUAGAGUUACCAGCCUCAAAAAUCACAGAUUUUACAAAGAGCCCUUAUGAAGGCUUUACAGCGCAUAAGUAGCAGACAUACCUCAGUAUCUCCAGUUUAAAUUUUUGGAUUUAUUUUGUAUGCCUUCAUCAUUGUUUUAUAACGUAAAAAAAUAAAAUAAAUCAGGAACGACUAUAGAAUUAGACGGUUUGACCAAACUUUGGACUGGUAGUGUAUCUGCACAGUACUCUGUAAAAGCCUUGAGCCAUCCCUCAUUUCUUCCUAUUUGGCUUCCAUAAAGCAAGAUUUUUCUAAUAUAGUCCUCAGGAAUAUUUUGUUCUGUCCCUUUACCUGUCCAGUUUCAGAGGAAUGUUUUCGUCAGUGACCUAUGAAACUUUCAAGUCUAAAAACCCAUCUAAUGUAACAGAAACAGAUGCAGAUGAUGACAAAUGAUCAGGCCGGUGAUUAUUAUACUGGUGAUGCUGAAUGCUGAGUGGUUGGAGCAUACGAGAGGGGAAAUGAGAUUGCUGCUGAGGUUUUACAUAAAUGACCGGUUUCUAGAUUGUAUCUUUUAAGGCACUUUGCAACCUGUCGCAGUAAAACAUUUGAUCCUUUUUCUUUUAUUUAGUCUACAUCAUUUAACUUUUUUUAUGAAGAAAUGAGGGAUGGCUUCACCUUUGCAUAGUACUUUAUAAAAUCUGUGUGUAUUUAACAUUUGCUAAAUUAUUUUUUGUACAAGUGUAUUUUAAAUAAUUAGUUUUCCAACUUUAUUCAUAAGAAUUUGCCAAUCAUAUCAGAGUAAUAGCAAAACAUUAAUAAGACAUUAUUUAAUUAUUUUUAGAUUUAUGCUGUGAGUAACCAUAGUAAUUUUAUUAAAACAACAGUAUUGCUGUUUGAUUUAUUAAACAUCAUUCCAACACUGUACCAAGCAUAGAGCACUAUUUGAGCCAUACAGCAUUUUGUUUGGUUCAUUAUUCUUAUGACUGUGUGUGUGUGUGUGUGUGUGUGUGUGUGUAUGUGUGUGUGUGUGUGUGCGCAAAUUCUAGGAACUUAACAUCUGAGGUGAGACACUAAUCUGUGCAAAUUCAAUGUCUUUAAUUUGUACUUACACUUGAAGUAAUUUUCUGUUCUAUUUCUAGCCAGUUCUGGCGUAGAAACAAUGAACACUGCUGCUUUUCCAUUGCAUUAUGUCGCAAGCUACAAACUACAAAGAGCAUCCUUUUAUAUUAUUCUCUUUUAUGUCAAUCCAAAGUAGUCGCCCCUUUCCCCCUUUUGCUGUUGUUUCCUUUUCUGUUUUCCAGCAUUAGAACUGAUUAGCUCCUGCUGACUGAAUCAAAGAUCUAGGUAGAGCUGUGACUGGCUACAGCACAGACAGAACAGUGAGCAUGCUGGGUAGCAGAUGUAUGUUUUUUUGUCUCCUAGAAGCAUCCAAGAGCACUUGUCCAAAGGGAACAUUUCCAACUGCCAUGUAACUAAAUUACCAUCAGCAAUGUGUUUCAUGGCAUGCGCUGGGUUCUUUGGCAAACAAGCUGGUUUGUGAAGAAACUACUAUUUUAUGUUUAAUAUUGUCUCAGUCUUUUUGUUGGUACUGUGAACAUAAAAUGUAAAAUUACACUUGUUAUACUUUUUAUAUUGAUUUAAAGAGCAUGUUUUCCUCAUUUGCCGGUAGACAAUAACACUUUAAUAUUAAAUGAACCUUUAUUAUAGUUUAAUUCGUGUCUUUUCAAAGUAAAAAGUCAUUACUUUUUAAUUCUCAUUAAUUCUAUUUUUUCAAGUAAUGUUACAUUAAAAGAAAUGACUGCAGACUACAGUGAUUACUAGAUUAUAUAGGAGAUUUGGUUGUAUUUACAUCAACAUGGUGCCACCUAGUGGACAUUUGGUAUGUAUCCAGGACCAAAAUCAUACAUUAACUGGGAAGCUUUGUUUAGUCUUUUGAAUUUGUUAACAUUCUUUGUAGUUAGUUUAAAACCGAACAUUAUUCAACCUGUCUUUGCAAGCAGGCCAAAUGAUGAAGACAUUUUGCACUGCGGUUUUAAGCAUUAACAAUGCAGUAGAAAUGCUGUGGUAAAGACUGGCAGUGCAUGUCACAUGAACGCUUCAUCGUACUCGCAACAGUUAGUAAGAAAUGAUAGUGAAUAAAGCAGGUGUUCUCUGUGCAUAUUACACAUCUCUACGCUAUUAGAGGACAUGGAGGCAAUUGGUGAUACUCAUUUAAUAAACAGCUCUGAAUGUAUGUGCUUGGUU